AUUGGCCUGUGAACUGUUUCUCCACGCACUCAACCCCUGGUGCUGCGCCGAGCGAUGCGCGUACCCUACACCGGAAGUUCGGGUCGAGACGUUCAUGAGCACGGCAGGAGUGAACCGGCAAAGACGACAGCAGUUACCGGGGGGGGAAGAAGAGGAGCCGGUGGACCAAUUCCCUGGAAGGAAACGCGUAGAUAUGUGCUUGUCGCCUCUCUGAUCUCAUCCACGUCCCGUGUCUUAUUCUGACCAUCCCGACUAGAGGCGGCCGUCCAGCCGUUAGAGGGCCCUGACUAGUGUCCUGGUGUGUUGCGGCUGUUCGCUCCGUCGCCCGGGGAAGAGAGAGACGGUUCUUGUGCUGACCCCGGCGUGUGCGUGUGUGACCAUAUUGUGCGUGAGCAGCUCUCCCUAUGUGUGUCACAAUGGGGGACAUCAGUGACCUGGACCGACAGAUAGAGCAGCUCAGACGCUGUGAGCUCAUCAAAGAAAACGAAGUCAAAGCACUGUGCGCCAAAGCCAGAGAGAUUUUGGUUGAAGAAAGCAAUGUUCAGAGAGUAGACUCUCCCGUCACGGUGUGUGGUGAUAUACAUGGUCAGUUCUAUGACUUGAAGGAGCUGUUUAGAGUGGGUGGCGACGUCCCGGAGACAAAUUACCUCUUCAUGGGCGACUUUGUGGACCGAGGCUUCUACAGUGUCGAGACAUUCCUGCUUUUGCUAGCUCUUAAGGUACGUUAUCCGGACAGGAUAACCCUGAUCCGGGGAAACCACGAGUCCCGCCAAAUCACCCAGGUCUACGGCUUUUACGACGAGUGCCUCCGCAAGUACGGCUCUGUCACAGUGUGGCGGUACUGCACAGAGAUAUUCGACUACCUGUCCCUCUCCGCUAUCAUCGACGGCAAGAUCUUCUGCGUGCACGGCGGCUUGUCUCCCUCCAUCCAGACACUGGACCAGAUCCGGACCAUUGACAGAAAACAGGAAGUUCCCCAUGACGGCCCCAUGUGUGACCUCCUGUGGUCGGACCCUGAAGACACCACAGGGUGGGGGGUGAGUCCCAGGGGUGCCGGCUACUUGUUCGGCAGCGACGUGGUGGCGCAGUUCAACGCCGCCAACGACAUCCACAUGAUCUGUCGAGCGCACCAGCUGGUCAUGGAGGGCUACAAGUGGCAUUUCAACGAGACGGUUCUCACUGUGUGGUCGGCACCCAACUACUGCUACAGGUGCGGCAAUGUGGCGGCCAUUUUGGAGCUGGACGAGCAUCUACAGCGGGAGUUCAUCAUAUUUGAGGCAGCACCGCAGGAGACCAGAGGCAUCCCCUCCAAGAAGCCAGUAGCUGACUAUUUCCUGUGAAGUCUCUACGAGUGGACAGCCACGAUGUGUCGAAGGGAAAAAGAACCAACCUCUGGUACCAUUUCACACCGGCCGCAGCCCUCCAUCCCCUGUCGGACUGAACUCAGAGCAGUUAGACACAAACAAAAUCCCGCCAAACAAAAACCCCUCCCUGGCCUUCAGCUCAGGGGAGCUGGGUUUUACUGCGCUGCUCGGAGGGGUCACUGAAGGGCGUCGGGGCGAGGUGGACACUGGGCCUCAUGACUGUCACUUCUCCUCCAUCGUUUCCUUUCUCCCAUCUGCCUCUUUUUCCAUUUCUCCUUUCACCCGCUGUAGAUACGACACUCUCCCUCCUCGACCUGAGCUUCACCACUCAUGUAGUGUUUUUUUAAUUUUUUUUUUAUGACAAACAUUGUCAUUUAGUUUUUAGAAGUGUCUGAAAGAGGGUUUCUUUUAUUAUUUUUCUUUUGUUUUUAAAUAUUUGCAGGUGUAGGAAGUGAAACAAUCGUAUAAUUUCAAGGGAAACGUUGCUGCUUUUCAACCAGCCUAUGUGUAAUGGUUGGGGGUGUGGAACUGAUCACACACACACGCACACACAGCUGGUUGAAAAUUGGUAAUGUGUCCCUUGAGGAAUUCCUUCAAAGCAUAUAUUUUCUUUGUUUUUGAUUUUUGUAUAAUUGUUGCUGCCAGGAUUAAAUGCAAGAUGACGUUAUCCCCCUU